AUGGACAACAUCCCUCUCAACCCGGCGCUUGAAGCGCUCAUGCCAAGCACUGACGACCUGAUGGAAAUAGAUGUACUCUCCGCUCCACAGAAUGAAUCGAGGAAGAGAAGCAUCCCGUUGCCAGAUGUUGCCGGUCCGAACCCAAAGAAUGCUAGAAAGAAAACUGUGAAACCAAGACCCAAGAAAGCCGUCAAAAAGAAAAAUCAAGAGCCUCCGGAGCCUCCGAACAAGAUGCCGCCGAUUGAGGAGGACCACCCACCAGCGUCUGUUGAAGCAAACGAACCCGACAGCGGAGACAGCAGCGACUCAGGGUCCAACAACCUCGUCAUCUUCAGCUCCUACUCCUGCACCAGAGCCGGACCAAUAGUUGUCUUUAUCGCUCCUACUCCUGCACCAGAGCUGGACCAAUAG